GGUGAUUCCCAUGUCAGCACCGCGCCACCAACUUCACCUUUCACCAUUCUCACCCACACAAUCGCCCCAAAGUCAGGAUUCGUCGAAAGUUUUUUUUGUUUGAGGCGGACUUCCAAGCCAGCAGCAGCUGUGAAAGCAAUGAAAGCUUGGACACUUUUUCUUCUUCUUGACUUUGUUCUGUUGAACGCGGCGGCGAACAACGUGACGUCAUUGGAGGAAGAGCAGGCGCAUUCUAUUUUGGGCAACUUCCUGGACCCUCCCCAAGAUGUGUUUGACCAAAAGCAGGAGGUUAAUCAAACGGCGGCCUGGUUCUCCCUGCGUAGACCCUCGAACCCGGAAGACGACCUGUGCUACAUCCUUCCUGGCCGAGCCGAGUCCCUGGCAACUUGCGCCUUCAACAGCAACGCCAAGACCUUCCUGGUCAUCCACGGCUGGACGCUGAGCGGCAUGUUCGAGAGCUGGGUGGCUAAGUUGGUGUCGGCGCUUCACCAGCGAGAGCGUACGGCCAACGUCAUCGUGGUGGACUGGCUCGGCACGGCCCAGAACCACUACGGGCUCGCCGCCCAGAACACCCAGGUGGUGGGGCGGGAGGUGGCACGCUUCAUUGACUGGAUCCAGGAAACCACCAACACUCCUCUCGACGACCUCCACCUGAUUGGCUACAGCCUCGGGGCUCACGUGGCGGGCUUUGCCGGCAGCCACGCCGCCAACAAAGUGGGAAGAAUAACAGGUCUGGACCCGGCCGGGCCCGACUUUGAGGGAGAGCACGCCCACCGUCGCCUGUCCCCGGACGACGCCGGCUUCGUGGACGUCCUCCACACCUUCACUGGUGCCUCGCUGGGUCUCAGCAUCGGGAUCCAGCAGCCCGUGGGACACGUGGACUUUUACCCCAACGGAGGCAGCUUCCAGCCGGGCUGCGACCUGAGAGGCGCCCUGGAGAAGAUCGCCCACUUUGGACUCCUUGCCAUCACCGACGCGCUGAAGUGCGAGCACGAGCGCUCGGUGCACCUCUUCAUCGACUCCCUCCUCAACCAGCAGGAGGCGCCCACGGCCUACCGCUGCGGCAACAACCACAUGUUCCAGCGCGGCAUGUGUCUCAGCUGCCGCAAGAGCCGCUGCAACACGCUGGGCUACGCCAUCAGCAAGGUGCGCAAAGUGCGCAACGUUCGGAUGUACACCACCACCAGAGCGUCCAUGCCUUUCAGAGUUUACCACUACCAGCUGAAGAUCCAUUUCUCCAGUAAGAUAAAGCGAUCUGAGAUGGAACCCUCGCUGAGCGUCUCCUUGUUCGGAACCAAAGGAGAAGCAGAAAACCUGAAGUUUAAACUGAAGGAGAAAAUAGCAUCCAAUAGGACACAUUCCUUCCUGCUCGUGACGGAAAAGGACAUCGGCGACCUGUUGAUGUUGACGUUCAAGUGGGAGGAGUCAGAGGGUUGGUCCGCCUCCAGCAUGUUGAGGAUGAUUUCUUCUUGGUGGUCCGGAGACUCGGACAGCGCCAACAUGGAGGUGCACAAAAUUCGCAUACGAGCUGGAGAGAGCCAGAAAAAGAUGGUGUUCUGUCGAAAAGAUCCCCAUUUGGUCAACUUAACGCAGGAGCUUACCUUUGUCAGAUGUAAGGACGCAUGGAGAAGGGCUCAAACAGGCACUUCCAGAAGAAUAACUUUGGAGACCCACUGACCUCGCCGGCGAAAAGCGUCGACCAUGUUGGUCCACUUCAGCACUUAGUACUUCAUCUAUAGCCCCUUGUAGCUUCUUGGAUGUCAGACGGGAGAAAACUAACCUGUGCGUUUUAAAACCUUUUUAAAGGCCUACUGAAAUGAGAUUUUCUUAUUUAAACGGGGAUAGCAGGUCCAUUCUAUGUGUAUUACUUGAUCAUUUUGCGAUAUUGCCAUAUUUUUGCUGAAAGGAUUUAGUAGAGAACAUUGACGAUAAAGUUCGCAACUUUUGGUCGCUAAUAAAAAAGCCUUGCCUGUACCGGAAGUAGCAGACGAUGUGCGCGUGACGUCACGGGUUGUAGGGCUCCUCACAUCCUCACAUUGUUUAUAAUCAUAGCCACCAGCAGCAAGUGCAAUUCGGACUGAGAAUUGCGACGAGUUCCCCAUUAAUUUGAGCGAGGAUGAAAGAUUCGUGGAUGAGGAAAGUUAGAGUGAAACACAAAAAAAAAGGUGACGGCAGUGUGAGCAAUUCAGAUGUUAUUAGAGACAUUUACUAGGAUAAUUCUGGAAAAUCCCUUAUCUGCUUAUUGGGUUAAUAGUGUUUUAGUGAGAUUACAAAGUCAUACCUGAAAGUCGGAGGGCUGCGGUGACUGCCAGGAUUGUCUCUUCAAUUAGCAAAAUCUUGUCUUCAUAUACAGCAGGGGUCUCAAACUCAAUUUACCUGGGGGCCACUGGAUGCAGAAACUUGGUGAGAUUACUUAAAACAGUAACAUGCACUUUUUAAUGAAUUCUCCUUCUUUGAAAGGCUUUCCCGCCCUAAAAACAUACUUGCCAACUCUCGCGAUCUUUCCAGGAAACACCCAGAACAAAUACCCAGAAUCUAAU